AUCUCUUUGGUAAGCAGAGAAUUAAGCAUUGUGUGUGCGUGUGUGUGUAUGUGUAUGUGGGAGUAGGCAUCUGUGUGUGUAUAAUAAUAAUAGGGCCUUCAAAAAACGUGUACUCAUUCAAAAAAAAUUUUUUUCCUUUCUUUUUCUUCCCUCCUCCACAUCCUCUAGUUAUAAUUGUAAGCAAACUGGCCAUAUGUCAAAGGACUGUCCCGAACCCCGUGCUGAAAAGACUUGCUACAAAUGCAACCAAACUGGUCACAUAAGUCGUGAUUGUCCUGAAUCCACUGGUGAUUCUUAUGGUGCUGGUUACUCUUCUGGUGGUCGUAGCUGCUACAACUGUGGCCAAACUGGUCACAUGUCUCGUGAUUGUCCUGAACGUUCUGGUGGUUACGGUGGCGAUUAUUCCUCCGGUGGAAGAUCUUGCUACAAGUGUGGUGAAACUGGCCAUAUCUCUCGUGAUUGUCCUAAUGGCGGUAGCGGUGGCAGCAGCUUUGCCAAGUGCUAUAACUGUGGUAAUGUUGGCCAUAUGUCUAGAGAAUGUUCUCAACCCCCUAAGGCUAGAUCUUGUUAUAACUGUGGUGGAGAAGGUCAUAUUUCUCGUGAUUGUCCUAAUAAGCAAGAUGAUGGUGCUGCCGGUGGUUGGUAAAAUUCUUUUGCAUACACAAAUACACAAACACACACCUACAGAGAGAGACCCCACGCACUUAUUACGCAGCUCCUCUUUUGACAAAACUUUGAAAAGCUCUUUGAUAAAUUUUUUUAAAAAAAAGUAUAAUUGAUUAGUGUAGUGGCAAGAAAAAUUUAGUUAUAUCUCUUAUGAACAAAAUCGCAACUUUUAAUUGUCUCUUUUUCUUCUUUGGCGCUUAUAUAAAUGCUUAAAACUAAUAAAAGUAUCUUUCAUUCUAUGAUCUAUACAUACUAAAUUGACCCUCUGCUUUGCAUUGUUGUUUGAUGACGAUGAUGUUCCGUCACUUAAAAAAGAUAUUAGUGGGUGAGAAGAGAUCAAAUUUAUCAGUUAACUUUUAGCUUCUCAAAUCCUU